CCGAACGCCGCUCUGGUCACCGCCAAAAUCCCGACUUUAUAUAAAGAGGAAAUGACAUAAAAUCUGUGUCUGCAUCCUAUGUGAAUAAAUACAAGUUGAUUGAUUUUUUUAACGCGUAGGAUUUCACGCCUGUUGCGUCCUCUUUGAACUGUUUCGCGCCUUCUCGGAAGUCAUUUGAAGUUAAACGCCGCGCCUGUACGUUUUCGUCGAUAAUUUCGGGAAGUGAAGAGUUCGUGUUCAUUAUUGGAAUUUAAAACAGUUUAAGGGUGGGCAGAGGAUGUCUAAGAAUAUGACCUAGUGCCACAUGACCGCGGCACACCCCUCACCGUACUCGCCGACCUGACACGCACUCAUACAUACAUAUUCCAAGAUGGUGCCACGUUGGUUACUUUUCUGCUGUGUGGUGUUGCUCGCGAGGCCGGUCCACCCUCAGGGCGCUCAGCAGUGCCCACCGCAGAACACAAUCACUCCCUGCAGCUGUACCGUUAAAAAGAACGGCCUUGAUAUCUUAUGCGAGUUUACUGAACAACAACAUAUACAAAAGGCAAUGAACACACUUCGAUCGAAGCCCAUGAUCAUAUUCUACUUAAAGCUGCGUCAUAAUAACCUAGCGAAGCUACCUUCGUAUAUAUUUCUGAGCCUUGACAUCCGUCAUCUUACUGUACACAACAGUAGCUUAGCCGUUAUAGAAGAUUCUUCGUUAAGUUCCAUUGGGAAUAAACUGACGCAACUCGACGUGUCUCAAAACAAUCUCGCGACGAUACCGACCUCAUCUUUCACGCAUCUUAAUCACUUACUUAUACUCAACAUGAAUCACAAUAAGGUGACAGCGAUACAUAACAGAGCGUUCUUGGGUCUCGACACUUUGGAGAUCCUGACAUUGUACGAAAAUAGAAUAUCGGUUGUCGACGGCGAGGCUUUUAAGGGCUUGGAAAAGAAAUUAAAGCGCUUAAAUCUGGGCGGGAACGAACUGACAGCCGUACCGCAGAAAGCUCUUGCGUUACUCGAGAAUUUGAAGAAACUUGAAAUGCAGGAGAACCGCAUUACUACCAUAACCGAAGGAGAUUUUGCAGGUUUGCGGAAUUUGGAUUCAUUGGGAUUGGCACAUAAUCAACUGCGGGAGGUACCUGCUAAUGUGUUUUCGCAUUUGAUAUUCCUUAACUCUUUGGAGCUAGAAGGCAAUCAAAUCCAACGUAUAGACGAAAAGGCUUUUUCUGGACUGGAAGAAAACCUGCAAUACCUACGUCUCGGUGACAACCGUCUUCACGAGAUACCAUCCGAGGCUCUCCGACCUUUGCAUCGCUUGCGUCACUUGGACCUGCGCUCAAAUAAUAUCACAUACAUAAGCGAGGAUGCCUUUACUGGCUACGGAGAUUCCAUAACCUUCCUGAAUUUGCAGAAGAAUAUGGUUCACCAAUUGCCUACAAUGGGUUUUGACAACUUAAACUCGCUGGAGACACUUAAUCUGCAGAACAACAAACUGCAGCACAUCCCCGAAGAGAUCAUGGAGCCGAUUCUCGAUACACUUCGAGUUGUUGACAUUAUGGAUAAUCCAUUGAUUUGUGACUGCGAUCUCGCGUGGUAUGAAUCUUGGCUUUCUGGACUCCGCGACCGAGAUGACGAGAUGAUGCAGAAAAAGCGAACGAUUUGCACUAUGGUCAGUGAGCACCGGGAGUAUAGCGUCGCUAAAAUACCCCUCGAGAAGAUGAACUGCAAAAGGAAACCUGGCUACGGAAGACCUUCGAGCGCCGACAACACUUGCCCGAUGAUGGUAACCAAUGUUGUCUUCCUCGCUAUCGUUAGAUGGCUCUAGAUAAAUUGGCUUACCGAUACUAUAUUCUAGAUCCAUUACCAAAUGGUUCUAAGAGUGCAAACCCUUUUAGUUUCCCUAUUAAGUUUAACGAAAGGUCUGUCGGGUUAACUGUGGCCGGAUGCCUCGAUACGAUUUUUCGUUAUUUAUAUUCAUUUGUAACGUGAUGAAUUUGUAAAAACUAAACAUAUCAAUUUGGGCUGAAGAAAAAUUAGUAGAAUUUUGGAAUGAAUUUGUGAUAAGGAUGAUUUCAGAUGUGAGAUACACUAGGUAUUUUAAUUAGAAUACCUUUGAGGUAGGUAUGCCUUACUUUAGAGUAUUGCCAGCCUAUAUCUAGGCGAAAGUGAAAUAGUAGUUUGGAGUAUCAGAAAGAGUCGUCUUUAGAACUUUGUCAUUAACGAGCUGAACAAUCUUGAGCGCGUCAGAAGCGUAAAUGUUUCUGAAACUGACCUAAUAUUAAUAUAAACUUCUAAUAUUUUUUAUCAUUUACCCCUCGCCUUUACUAUGUAAUUCUACUAGUAUUUAUAAUGUUCUAGUAAGCUUUUACGCAUUUACCCUGUUGACUGUUCAAUGUUUAUCUCUAUAUUCGUAAGAAUGCAGGGCUCUUAUGUAUAAUUUAGGAUUAUAAUUAUAUUUAAAAUUUUAAUGUGUUUCCAUAUAUUUCCUUGGAAUAAUUCUACCUCUUGUUUAUGAAUUAUGUUAGUUUAAUUAUUACAAAUGAUAUUACUGACGCUAUGCGUUAGAUGGAGCCCUUGGAUGUUCGUUGUAGAUUAGUAAUAAAUAGUUAAGUGUUAGAUAUAAGGAAAUAUGCAGUUUAAUAGUUUUAUUUUUUAAUUUAUAUUUUUAUAUAAUUUAUUAUUGUUUA